AUGUUUGUUGUUCAAAGUGGUGUGGUAAAGUUCAAGCUAUUUACUCGAAGUUUUCAUAGUUUUUCGCGCUUUUACAGCAUUGCAAACAGUCACAAAGUUGUAGGAUUUAAUUUACCAUUAUGUGUCACAUAUGUCCAACGUACUACGGCCGUGUGGUCACCAGGCACGAACGGUCUUCUCAGCGGUUCUUCAGUGGUAAACAACAACAAUCACAAUAUUGUGCAAACGCGAUGGAAUUCCACCGAUGAACAAUCUUCCCGGCAACGGAUUCGCAAGCCUCUUACGCUUAUGGAUUUCCCGCAACUGGUGUGGCCUUCGGUGAUAAAAACCAUCCGCAACUGGAUAAUGGUUCACUUCAUUAUCAGACCGUACUUUGACCGCGAGUUUGCACUUCCCGAUUUCAUCCAAGGAGCGAAACAAGCACUGCAGGUGGUAUCUUCAUCGCUUGCCGGAGGAGAGGUAAAACAACUAGAAGGACUGGUUGACCGAGCCGCGUUAAAUGACCUAAAGCAGUCGAUUGCUAAAAUGUCCGUUGCCGAACGCUAUGACAUACAAGUGGAAAAGGAAGAUGUAUACUUCUCGUUUCCUUACCAAGUUGGCGUCAUGUUCGACGAAUCGAACGAUGAUAGUCAGAAACGGUUCGUCGAAAUUACGAUGGUUUUUCACGUGCUCAGAGGUCUUAAAGGGAUGAUUGAACGUGGUGAAACAGUUCCGCUGAAUGUUGGCGUUCUUCCAGAGUUCCGGGACAAAAUAAGCAUCUGCAACUAUCGAUUUAUCAAGGAAUUUACCAAAGGCGUCGACUCGGACUGGACUGUGAACGUAGUGAACCAUUUCAAGCCAAGUGACUACGUCGAAGAAUGACCGCACCAAUCGGUUCA